AUGAAGCUUAACAGCUUCAGAGGAUCCAUCUUCCUGCUGCUGCUCCCUCUCGCCUACAACCCCGGUGAAGAUGUCUGCGUUGAUGAACAGCUCGUCGGAUUCAGAGGUCGCUGCAACUUCAAGCAGUACAUGCCCUCAAAACCAGCAAAAUAUGGCAUCAAGCUGUGGGUGGUGUGCGAUGUGGCCACUUCUUAUGCCUGGGGGAUUAUUCCCUAUCUGGGCAAGACGACUCGAGACGCCCCGGCAGAAAGGGGGCAAGGGAAGCGGGUGGUGCAGGAACUCACGGAGGGUCUGAGCGGCCGCACUGUCACCACGGACAAUUUUUUCACCUCGCUGGUUCUUGGAGAGGAGCUGCUAAAAAAAAAAAUCUGUCUUGUGGGAACAGUUAGGCGCAACAAGCCAGAGUUGCCCCCACAGCUGCUCCAGAUGAAAAGCAGAGCGGUUCUGUCCUCCCUGUUCGGCUUCACCUCCACCGCCACCGCGGUGAGCUACAUUCCAAAGCGCCGGCGGAACGUUCUGCUCCUCAGCACCAAACACCAUCAGGUUCAGAUCCAGGAGGGACCGCAGCAGAAGCCGACCGUAAUCAUCGAUUACAACCGCUGCAAAGGGGCAGUUGACAACUUGGACAAGGUAAUUUAUUUAUUUUAUUUUGUUUUAUUAUAAUUCACCAACCUAAUUGCAUAUGUAAUUUAUUUAUUCAUUUAUUUUUAUUCCAGCUCGU